AUGUCGUUUCUCGGUGGCGCAGAAUGCUCAACUUCGGGCAACCCUCUCAGCCAGUUUCAGAAACACGUUCAGGAUGACAACAGUCUACAGAGGGACAGACUAGUGCAGCGAGGUCCCAAUGCUCUCGCCGGCGGCUUCAGAAGCGUUGGCGCAAGCACCCCGCAGGAUGAGAUGAUGAACGGGUUCCUCAAUAAUGCACCUGGUCUUCAACAAGACCUUCCCAUGCAGAACGGCGCUGUCCGAAUAGACCCUGUCCAAGGUGCGCAUCUGCGCGCGAACUCGACAUCACCGACAUGGGCGAAUGACUUCCAGAAGCAAGCCGCCAUGGAAUCGGCUUUCAACGUACCCCAAGGGGCACAGUUUAGCCCCGAGGAUUUUGCGCGCUUCAAUCAGAUGAUGGCCCAUCAGUCGUCGUCGGCGAGAGCAAGCCCGAUGCCCAGUCAGAUGGCCCAGCAAUCAAGAAUAGGAAUGGGGAUGGGGAUGGGGAUGGGGAUGGGCAUCGGAUACAACAACAUGAUGGGCCAGGGUAUGUUCCAGCCCAUGUACCAACAACCUAUGCAACAACAACCGCAGCACGAGGAUGUCAAGGGCAAGGGAAAGCUUGUGGAACUUGACGACAACAAAUGGGAAGAACAGUUCGCCCAGAUGGAACUGCAGCAGAAGGAAGACGCCGAGGCACAGGCAGCGGAGCCUGAACUGGAGGAAAUGGAUCGGGCAAUGCAAAGUGAGACAGGCUUCGGCGAUUUCGAGUCAAUAUGGAGGGGAAUUCAGGCUGAAACUGCUGCAGCAAAAGGCAUGGUCGACGACACGACAUUCGACAAGUUCGACAGCGAAGACUGGGGUCCAGACUUCACCGGCAUGAACGGCGACUGGGGUCGGUUGGGCGAUCCCGUAAUCGAAAACUACCUUUUUGAGGAGGAUAACUUCUUCAGUGAGGAGAAGAACGCGUUCGAAGAAGGCGUGCGGAUUAUGCGCGAGGGUGGAAACCUAUCGUUGGCAGCUUUAGCUUUCGAGGCGGCCGUCCAGCAAAACCCAGAGCAUACAGAGGCUUGGGUGUACCUGGGCUCGGCGCAGGCACAGAACGAGAAGGAGACUGCGGCAAUUCGUGCGCUAGAGCAAGCGCUUAAGCAAGAUCCCAACAAUCUGGCCGCUCUUAUGGGCCUGGCUGUUUCUUACACCAAUGAGGGAUACGAUAGCACCGCCUACCGGACACUCGAACGGUGGCUAUCGGUCAAAUAUCCAAACAUCAUCGCACCAACGGACCUGCACCCCAUGGCCGAAAUGGGAUUCACGGACCGGCAACAACUGCACGAUAAGGUGACCGGCCUAUUCAUUAAGGCUGCUCAGCUCAGCCCGGAUGGUGAACACAUGGACCCCGAUGUCCAGGUCGGUCUGGGUGUUCUCUUUUACGGUGCUGAAGAGUACGACAAGGCCGUUGACUGCUUCACGGCGGCUCUCCACUCGUCGGAACUUGGAACCUCAAAUCAGCAAGAACAGCUACAUCUGCUGUGGAAUCGCCUCGGUGCUACCCUCGCCAACUCUGGACGCUCCGAGGAGGCUAUUGCGGCGUACGAGAAGGCAUUGAGCAUUCAUCCCAAUUUUGUUCGUGCCCGUUACAACCUUGGCGUAAGCUGCAUCAAUAUUGGAUGUCACGCUGAGGCUGCGUCACACUUCCUCGCAGCGCUCAACAUGCACAAGGCCAUUGAGAAGAGCGGCCGUAGCAUGGCGUACGAGAUCCUGGGCAGUGGCGACAGCUCGCGCGGCGGUACCAGCGCAGCUCAAAUCGACGAGCAGAUCGAUCGCAUGACCGCGCAAAACAGGAGCACGACGCUCUACGACACUCUAAGAAGGGUGUUUACGCAGAUGGGACGACGAGACUUGGCCGAGAAGACGGUUGCGGGUGUGGACCCCGAGAUCUUCAGAGGCGAGUUCGACUUUUAG